AUGAUAUUGAAUCAUUUUAAAUCCAAUCUUUUAUCAUCAAUCCGUUUAACAUUCUUAUCCGUUCGUUUUAAACAUUCCUAUGUGUUAGGACUUCGACGUGAAGAUCAAAGUCCAUGGGAAAGACGAACACCGCUAGCUCCACAACACGUUCGAAAAUUGGUAAAAGAUAAUGUCAAAGUUCUCAUACAAGCAUCCAACAGACGAGCCUAUCCCACAGCCGUAUCAGGUGCCAUUGUUCAAGAAGAUUUAUCUGAGGCAUCAUUAAUUCUUGGAGUUAAACAACCACCUGUUGACUUAAUUAUUCCAAAUAAAGUUUACACCUUUUUCUCACAUACACACAAAGCGCAGGAAGCAAACAUGUCGUUAUUAGAUGCAUGCAUUGAAAAGAACAUCACGUUGAUCGAUUAUGAGCGUAUUGUUGACGACGAUGGUGUACGUCUAGUUGCCUUCGGAAAAUAUGCAGGUGUUGUUGGAAUGAUUAAUAUUUUGCAUGCAAUGGGACUCAGAUUUUUAGCAUUAGGACACCACACGCCAUUCAUGCAUAUUGGUCCUGCUCAUAAUUAUCGUAAUAAUGAACAGGCUCGAAUGUCAAUCCGUGAUGCUGGCUAUGAAAUAUCAUUGGGAUUAAUGCCAAAGUCGAUUGGACCAUUGACAAUCGUAUUUACAGGAUCAGGAAAUGUUUCACAAGGUGCUCAAGAAGUAUUUCGAGAAUUACCCUUUGAAUAUGUCGAAGCAGACGCUUUAAAACAUGUGGCUGUAUCAGGAGGUUAG